AUGUCGACUCAAACCAACAGCACCUCGUCAGGAGGGGACUACAUUGUCCCCUUCUUCAUUGACGGGGGAAAGAUCAUCCCUGAAAAGACUUUUGACGUCGUGUCCCCCGCCACUGGGAAAACUGUCCACAAAUGUGGCAGCGCAACUGAGAAGGAUGCCCUUGCGGCAGUUGACUCUGCCGCCGAGGCAUUCAAGAGCUGGAAAAAGACGACCUUGGUCCAGCGCCGAGACAUUUUUCUGAAGACCGCCGCCAUUAUGGAGAGCCGCAAAGAGGAGCUGGCACGCAUCAUGUCGGAAGAGACUGGCGCGGCCGCCGGGUGGUCCGAAUUCAUUCUGGGCCUGGGCAUUGGCUGCAUCAAGGACGUCGGCGGACGCCUCGUCACCGUGGAGGGUUCUGUUCCGGCCACCAAUGAUCCUAACCUCAGUGCCAUGGUCUUGAAGGAACCUUACGGAGUCGUUCUCGCAAUUGCGCCCUGGAACGCCCCUUUCAUACUGGGGGCAAGAUCCGUGGCAUUUCCCAUUGCAGCUGGCAACGCAGCUAUUCUCAAGGCGUCGGAGUUUUCUCCGCGGACAUUUGUAGAGAUGGUGGCUUGCUUCCACGAAGCCGGCCUGCCCAAGGGUGUGCUGAACGUGAUUGCUCACGAGCCUGCCAACGCCGCUGCCAUCACAACAGCUCUGAUAGCUCACCCUGAAAUCAAGAAGAUCAACUUCACCGGAAGCACCACCGUCGGGCGCAUCAUCGCCAAGCAGGCGGGAGAGCACCUGAAGCCAGUGUUGCUCGAGCUGGGAGGCAAGGCUCCGGCUAUUGUGUGGGAGGACGCCAACCUUGACCUAGCCGCGGACCAAUGUGCAAUCGGCUCUUUUCUCCACGGGGGACAGAUUUGCAUGAGCACGGAGCGCAUCAUCGUCCACAAGAAGGUCAGCGAGCAGUUCCAGGCCAAGCUGUCUGCCUCGAUCGAGAAGAUUUUCCCAUCAAAAUCCGAUGCGCCCGUUCUUAUCAACGCGGUCGCCGUCGAAAAGAACAAGAAGCUCAUCAAAGAUGCCGUCGGCAAGGGCGCCGCCGUCGUUGCGGGCAACGUCGAUGCUGAGGAAACGUCUAAGACCAGGCUGCGGCCAAUCGUCAUCAAGAACGUCAGCACAGAUAUGGACAUCUACCAGACCGAAUCUUUCGGCCCGUCCGUGUCGCUCUUCGAGGUCGAGACUGAAGAGGAGGCGCUAAAGAUCGCCAACGACACCGAGUACGGUUUAACCUCUGCUGUCUUUACAGAGGACCUGCGUACAGGUCUACGAUUCGCCAAGCAGAUCGAAUCAGGAGCCGUCCACAUUAACGGCAUGACUGUUCACGACGAGAGCGGCAUGCCCCAUGGUGGCGUCAAGUCCAGCGGCUUUGGCAGAUUCGGCUCGACAGGCCUGGAGGAGUGGGUGAGGACGAAGACGAUUACAUACCGGAACUGA